AGGAUGUGAGGUGUUAUCAUCAUAACCUUCUCAAUUCCCAGCAGCUAUCACUGCAGACAACAUAUUUAUCUUGUUCUUUCCCACCGUUAUCCCUACACUAAGGGGUCGGUUGCCUGAUACCCCUUUCCUUACAUCAGGCAUGGUUCAUUAUUUGGCUAAGGGGUUUUUAGGACUGCAUGCCCUUGCUGUCAUCAACCACAGUUAUUGGCGGUGGGCCUCGCCCUUGACUAAAAAGUCCAUCUGCAAGGCCGCAGUUUCCAUAGUUAUUGGCGGUGGGCUUAGCCUUUUACUAAACAGUAAGAAGGCAAGGCAGCAGUUUCCACAGACAUUGGCAGUGGGCCUAGCCUCUUACUAAAAAAUUACGACUGCAAGGCAGCAGCUGUCCUUUUAGUAGCCUUUUACACAGUAUUUGGUGCGUGCUAAAUUCUAACAUGUACCAGUUUUUAGCCCAUGUUAAAUUCUAGCACGUACCAGUAUUGAGCCCAUGUUAAAUUCUAGCACGUACCAGUAUUUAGCCCAUGUUAAAUUCUAGCACGUACUGGAAUGUAUUUAGUGCAUGCUAAAUUCUUGCACAUACUGGCACAUGCCAGUAUUUAGCGUGCGUUAAAUUCUGGUAUGUUCCAGUAUUUAGCGCACCUAAAUUCUGGCAAGGACUGGCACGUGUUGGCAGGUGUCAGUAUUUAGCGCACUCUAAAUUCUGGCACAUAUUAGAUCGUAUUUAGUGAGCCAGUAUUUAGAGCACCCUAAAGUCUGGCGCGUACUGGAACGCAUUUUAGCACUAGUAUGUAUUGGGCACUAGAUUCUAGCACGUACUGGCACGUGCUAGUAUUUAGAACGCACUAAAUUCUACAACAUACCUGCAUGUGCCAUUAUUGUGGGUGUGCUAAAUACUGGUACGUACCCGCACGUUCCAGAAUUUAGCGUGCACUAAAUACUGGCAUAAGCCAGUACGUACCAACAUUUAGUGCGUGCUAAAUUCUAGAACGUACUGGCACAUACCAGUAUUAGCUCCCUGUGCUAAAUAGUGCCUCGUUCGGGCACGUGCAAAAGGAUUCUGUUAAUCUCACAGAAAAGACCAGAACUGGACUUGGCAAAAUUGAAUAGAGAGUAUGACUUCUCUCUCAGUCAUUCCACGCUCACUAAACCUAUUCCAGCACAGACAAAAGUAACUUGAUGCAUCUUAUUGAAGAGAGAGCUCAAGGGACUGAAGUACAGAUAAACUUGACACAAACCCAAGGUACUUGUUUAAAGCUUAUCAUUUGCCAGGUACGACUAGUAUUUGAUCGGUGUACUAAAGAAGGAUCAUUAAAGUGCGCACCAGAUACAAACGUAUCAAUGGAAAAUCUGUUCGUUAGGUUGGGAGAGAUCCAGCACCACUGGUCGGGGUUAAAAUGAAAACCCUCAUGUCUCAUCAUCAAACAAAAGAAGAUUUGACCUCUUAUUUGGCUGAUUUCUGUACCAGGGCUUUAGCUGACCACAACACGAGGUUUAUUGUUGUGUAUGAUACAAAAUGUGUCUCAAAAAUACCAUAGAAUCCUGAUCAUUUGCUUUCCCACAAGCAGGGAAAACAUGCUACUGAUGUAGAUCCUUUCACAGAACUUGUCCUUCUGUCGCCUGAUAUCAAUGUGUUUCUGCUGUUGAUUCACUUUUAUCCUAAACUUUAUACCAGCAAAACAUGUAGAACAGUCACUGGUGCAAACAUUAGCAAUAUCAGUAUUCAUAAAGUAUAUGAGGCACUUGGUUUUCACUAUCGCAUAUUCUCUGAUUUUCUGUCGAACAUUUGUAACCCUUCAUCCUGCUUGGUUCAUGCCUUGAGAAAGAUUUCAUUAAUCUGUCUGUAUAUAUGUAUGUACUAUAUAUGUGUAUGCUUGUAUGUAGUGCAAAUUACGGAAAGGGGGUGAACGUUAACAGAACACAUUAAAAUAGCAGGUAUGGGUCGGUGAACCCUCUUACCCAGAUCUUUUCAUUGACAACGUUUCUUUACCAUACACGCAACUCCAUGACAUGAUUGGGGUCAUUCUUGAUUGCAAAUUCACUUUCGAGAAGCAAACCGGUCUAUCUUUCCUUUGACUGUGGGAAAAACUGUUACUAUUUUCAAAAGUUUUGUAGACUUGUUCAUCCCGAGAAAAUUGUUCAUGUCUUUAUUUCUUUCAUACUUUGAAUAUUGCUCCCGUGUUUAGCCUUCAGCAGCUGACCCGCAUCUUAAAAUGGUAAACAUAAAUUUGUGUUCUACCAUAUUCCUUAUUCCCUGAUCUUAACAUUAAUCUCUGGCGCGUCGUUCGGCUUCUGCUGUAUGAAAUAUUGCGUAGUUACGACCAUCCUUUGCAUUCAAAUCCUCAUUGACUAUACCGUCCAACAUUUUGUAAUAGAUACGUAGUUAAUUCCAACAGCCUUACUCUUUUUCUUUGAGGUUCAGUACCAAACAGUUUACUAGAAGCUUUAGUCCUGCUGUGACAUGAGUUCUCCUUCUAGUUGAAUUGUAGGAAUUUCAAAUGUGUUUUGGAGCAGAUACCAUAUUAGUUUUCUGAGAAGAAAACUAUGGUGCCGGCUUGUCUGUUCGUUUGCACUUUUUUUUUUUGUCCGCCAUCAGAUCUUAAAAGUUACUGUGGCUACAGGGUUACAAGUUGGUAUGUUGAUCAUCCACCCUCCAGUCAUCAAACGCACCAAAUUGCAGCCCUCUAGCCUCAGUAAGUUUUUAUUCUAUUUAAGGUUAAAAUUAGCCAUAAUCGUGCGUCUAGUAACGACGUAGACCAGGCCACCACUGGGCCGUGGUCACAGUUUCAUGGGCCGCGGCUCACACAGCAUUAUACCGAGACUACGAAAGGUAGAUAUAUUUUCGGUUGCCUUGAUCAUACGAUGUACCAAGAACUUGACUGCGCCGGAGAAGCUUCGGGGCAUUUUCUCCUUGUUUGUUGCUGGGUCCCAGUAACUGAAAUUUGUUGUUUCUAUUAUUCUUGUUAUAGACACGUUUUUAAAGAUGGACAACUUACAAAAUACUGACGAAGGCUUUAUGUUCUAUUAAUACUGUAAAUAUUGCUUGUGUGUGUGUGUGUGUAAGUGUGCGGAAAAAAUAUAUAAUGGUCAGGGUGCUGCUGCAGUAAAUGUUGCUCAUUUGCAAAAAAAAAAAAAAAAAAAAAAAAAAAAAACUAUAAAUGUUCGUGCCCUGUUGUUUGUUUACUAAUUGACGGAACUGUAGAUGAGCUCGGAUGAUCAAUAUUCACAUCACGGCUUGGAAGAGGGGUAGGAGAAUCAAUUACUGGGUCCCAGUGGAUAGGAAGAGUCCGACUUCGCCACGCGAGAGCGAGCGUGCAAGUCCGGACUCCGGAGGACGGGGCCGAAGUGAGGAAGGAGUCUGUCUGUUGUUAGUUGCCCGCUAACCACGGUGGCGUAGAGUACAGUGUGCCUCAGCGUCCAUCGAUUCGUGGACUAUUUUCCGAGAGAGUGAAGCCUCCUUUUUUUUUUAAUCACAGAAGAGAAAAAUUUCUUACUCGUUCGAUUGCGUAGCCGACAAUUUUAAUGAGAACCGUAACCAUGAGAGCCUCGUGCUUACCGAUCAGCCCCUGAGCGAGGAACAGAAGAAGAUCGAAGAGGAAGAAAAAUUUAUUUACAGUGAUAACGUUCGUAAAGAAGGAGGCGAGGGAGAACACCCUACAUGCGAUCUCUCUCCGACCCGGACAGAUCAGUGAAGUCAACUAUUGUGUUGGUUGAUACCAUCAAAUUGCCCGUACCUGCGCAAAACCCACCGUACGUUGAUGUGAAUCUGCUGUGAAGAAGUUCGAAAACACUUCGUCUUAAGCAUAUCCUGAGUGCGACAGUUCUAAGAGAGAAUGCCGUCAUAAAGGACGUGAGGGAGUUUGUCUUCUAGGAAGGACACAUCCCACUUGACCAAACCAAAGGAACACAAAGCAUAUUUGCCGCCGAGGCCUGAGUCAUCAGCAGAUAUAUAGACACCAUAUCACACGCCCUGAAACGCCCUAAUCCAUACCUGGAAUCACAAUGCUUUAGGCAGAAGUACAAAGGGCGAUAUCACCUCGGGUCACCUUGCUCUUUCCGUGAACGUCGAAUCUUCGAGGGAUUUUAGAAUCAUCUUUUAAGAUGUAUUUUUGAGAUGAAUUAUCUCAUUUCAGUGUCCGGUGCAGUAAAUUGUUUAAAAUAAUGCUAAGUAAAUUACGGUCUAUUCUCCAUCUUAGUCGCCUCUGAAUAUGAAAAACAGCUUUAUACUAUUUUCUCCUAUUUUCAAUACUUACACGUAAACUGUCUUCCUUCUGUAUACAUGACUAGCCUUCCUGGUUCCUUCCCCAUGCGUCCAUCCCAGGUGCCCUUCCACGAUUCUCCACCGAGGGCGAGUAUGACAUGUUUUUAUGUUAUUGGCUGUACCUCACGGUCCUCAACGCAGGUGAUCGUCCUCUAGCUCAGGGUGAUCGUGCUGCCUCUUAACAUAAAACAGUUGUUGCCUCUAUCGGGUCCUUUUUUAUUUUCUUUUCUUUACAAAAAAGUGACCAAACCAUUUUAUUGGUGCUGAACAGAGGUACUUUUGACUCUACCUAGUUUCACUUAGACAACUGAAAUGAACAAUCCAAAAAUACUGGAAAGGCUUUGAAAACAUUUUAGUAUCCGUAAAUGCUAUGAACAGCACAAAACAUUAAAGUGAUGAACUGCAAUGUUUACAAGUUACUACCACGUUGGUUAUUUACGACAUAUGCGUAAAGUGACAAUCAAGUCAACGCCCUUUGCGUAUCCCUGAACCUGUGAAACUUCGGUGGUGCUCAAGAAAAAAGAAAAAUAUCUCGAAGUUAUUGUAAAAGUUCCAUGAAUGUGAAAAAGUGUUACUAUAAGAUUUCAAGGACCUCUCAAGAAAAGUGAACUUUCAAAUAUCCUUAGAUUCUACAGACUCCGAGGACUAUCAGGUGAAGAUAAUUCUACUGGAAAAGGAAAAAACUGUUUUAGGAAAAGCGGGACCAUGGCGUGGGCUGGAACUUUCAAGGAGUACCCGCCUGGUGGGAUCUAGCAACGCCUGGAGUUAUAACUUGAGGUAGCGAGCGUCAAAAAAAAAAAAAAAAAAAAAGUAACGCUAUGUCUAGUUCGCACUCCUCGGGCUCAUCCUCGGGUGGGCGGGGUAUGAGGAUAUCUUCUCAUGCAUACCCGCCGCCCACUGCCCUCACGCCCAAGAGCCUAUUGAAGAGAUAUAAACUUCCAAUAGCCGCCCACCUCCACACGCCCUCGGCGCCCCCAGGGUUGGACCUCUCUCGGCCCCUGCUUCUCUACAAUAGUUAUACCUCCACGAAGGUAAGGGGGAUCUCGCUGAGGCCCGGGAGAGACAGUUCUCUAACACCAGUUGGACCUGCGAUUGUUAUCCCAGAUUCCUACACAGGUUGGUUUGCUAUCGUUACCAGCGAUGGACACACCGCGCCUUUCUUUUCAACAAUCGAGCAAGUUGCUAACAGUCAAGUGGCGUUUUUCCUCACUCGCUACGACGUGGCGGGAUAUACGAGCCUCCAUGAAGAAAACGGGAAGAAGACCUACCAGAAGAUGGUGAUCCACAGUGGGCACGUCCUCAAGCUCCUUGGCAUCUUCGAGGACCUGAAUGCCAAGAAAACUAAUAGUGGUGGUAGAGGAAAGGAUGGCAUGGCUAAUAUGCCCUGUACCAAAUAUGCCCAAUGUCUGAACUAUAGGAACGAGGUGGUCUACUUGCCGUUCUCAGUCUCGGGUCGUUUCUACACGACGGCUCACAAGAACAGCAAGAAUCCCAGUCAUGUGUACCUGAUGGCGCAUAUUCUCAAGAAUCACAAGUUACCCAUCACCGUCAGGCUGGUCUGUGGGUACAUGCCCAGAGUGCCUUGCAGUUUCACGGGUGUCUUACGUCUGGAGAAGGCGCAGAAAGAAGCCGUCAUUUUGGCCUGCACGAUGACCAACGAGGCCAGGGCCACUCUGUUCGAGAUCGACGUCUCCUCCAACUUCGUCCUGGCGCCUGUGAAAGAUUCCAUGUUCCCCAAGACGCCCAUUUAUCUCAAGACAGUCUCCUACUGUGAAGACGAAGCGGAUGCUUGGAGGCGUCAGAUCAAGGUGACGCAUCACGUUACAGAAAAACGGUCGAGAUCUCUCAGCCGCCACCUGAACGACAACUGGGUCGACUCGACCGAGACCAUGAGCUUCGCCUUCCUUGCGGAACACGACAAGAAGAAGGGCAGAGGCCGCGAAAAAUCAAGAGACAGGGUACGGAUCAACGACAGGGCCAGAGAUAAAAGUCGAGAGAACAUUCUCAGAGAUAAGAGUCGAGAGAGGCAUCGCGAAAAUCCCCAGCAGCAAAACAAGUUGAGUGGGAAGGGCCAAGACCAGAGGAAGCUGUCCAAGCAAAACACAUACAUUUUCCAGAAGGACCUCAUAGUCAAAGUCCCUGAUAAGAAACAGGAAGCGGACGCCAUUAGCAGACUGAACAAGUCUAUCGAGAAUCUAGAUUAUUCUCGCGUCAUCGAUGACAUCAGUCCCGUGCAAGGCGAGGAUGACGAUGAGCAUUAUGCAGAAAUUUGCGAAUACAUUAUUAGCAAGAAAGAGUCAUCGUCUUCAAAACCCGACAGCUAUCAGGAGAGGCAGAGGAGGUCGUAUGACAAAGAAAACGGAAUUAAAGAAAACGGGAUACUAGGCUUGGGUUCCUUCGAUGACGAUAAGAAUCUGAGUUUCACUUUGCUCAAGAAAGAUAUUGGCGGGUACUACGUCAAGCUUCCCGGGUUCGAGGACCCGAGAACGGAUAUAGACAGCGGUGUGUAUAGUGAUAGAGAAAGGACUUACGAUUCUUCUUGCUAAGGGGAAAAGAAAUGAGUGUUCCCUAUCAUAAAUCCUUAGCGAUGAACGACCCUCUGCUUCCUACGAAGGACCGAUGCCCCGCUGAUUUUGCUGAUUACGUUUCUUGCCCAAGUUUUUCAUUAUUCGCCUCUUGAAAUAGCAUUUUAUAUUUAUAAUGCUUCAGUAAUACCAUUAUCUCAUUUCUCAGUGUGGCUGAGAUUUUAAGUUCAGACCGUAUCGCAGUAUUAUUUAGUGGAUCUUAAGUAGCUUAAGACGAUUUAUUGAUCUUCCACAAGAUUGAAGGGCUAGCGAAAACUCAAUGCAAUCUGAAAUGUGGAAGAGAAGAGAUAAUUGUUCCAAAGUCUCGAAAUGAUACGAUAAGACUUUGAACAAAUUUUUUCUAUUGUUUGGUGCGAGUACCUUCAGAACUUGCACUCCCACACCGGUAAGAAAAAUAAUACCAGGAGUGAAAAUCAAAAGAAUCGUGAAUUCAAUCAAUACCGAUUGAAGGAAGAGGUAUUUCUGGCCUAUUGUCAGUGAUAGAAACUUUGGGCUUGACAACAUCAAUUGCAACCAACGAUUGAGUAUACCAUUCCCGUUGUUGUUUAGCAAGAGCUUGGAAUCUGAUUUGAUUUUCUAUUCAUUCAAAACCUUUAAGUUCUUUCAAGCCACAGUACAAUGUCGGUCUACGUUCGUGUACGCUGUGAGAAUCUGUACAUUAUGGUCAUUACCUGUAUCUAAUUGUUUAUAUUGCUUCAGCUGUACUCGGAAAUCAGUGUAUUUCCCUCGAAAACUACUUUUGGACAUAGAAAGGGAUCCUAUAGCCAAAGUCUACUAUUGGCUACUUAGAAAAAAAUGGCAAGAGAAAACACUGAAUUUCAUACAGCAGUUUGUAUAUCGGAAGGUGGAUUGUGGAUGAUGUAUAAUUUUGUGUUUUUUGUUAAUCGUAGUUGUCAUGUAGUUUGUUUUUGUUGUUUAUUUCCGUCGAGAUUUGAAUAGGGAAGUUCAUCUUUCUUCUAGUCAUUAUUUUGUUUCGUUUAUUCGUAUUUUAUUCAAAAUUUUGGUCAGAGAACAAGAAAUUUCACUUUUGAAUCUUUGAAUAUGACGAGAAAAUCACUCCAAAAGGUCAUUUGCAAUUUUUGAAAUGUUCGUAAGUGCCACUACAUGAAAAACUUAACAUUUUUUUCUCAUUCUUUAAUGAAGUAAAUUUUACUCACACACACAAAAUGAUAUUUAUUUUACCAGCAAAAUAAAUCAUAACUAACUUAAAAGCAACUGCAUGCAGCAUCUGAAUUGAGAAAACAAUGCUCUAAAAUAUAUUAUGCUAGCGUACGUCCCCCUCUUUUUUUUUUAUCAUAACUGUUGCAUCAAGACGCAUAUUUGCGUCUGGUGAAUUUACUUCGGGCCAGUGAUUAUGCUACGGCCACUGGAUACCAACUAAGGCAUUUUUUCACCUAAAUGUGUAAGGAAUCACAUAUCAUUUUCUAAAUUAAAAUCAGGAGAAAAGCCAUC